GGCGUCGUCGGGAGCUACGGCGUCGCCAUCGUGCUCUUCACGCUGCUCCUCAAGGCCGUGACCUUCCCCCUCAACUACCAGCAGAUCGAGUCGACGACGAAGAUGCAAGCUUUGCAGCCGGCGAUCAAGCGCAUCCAGGCCAAGUACGCGGCGGACCCGCAGCAGAUGAACAUCAUGAUGGCCGAGCUCUACCAGGAGAACGAGCUCAACCCGCUGGCCGGGUGCCUGCCCGCCUUGGUGCAGAUUCCCAUCUUCAUCGCGCUCUACCGGUCGUUGCUGUCCCUGGCCAAGGAGGACCUCCUCGAGGAGUCCUUCCUCUGGAUCCCGAACCUCGAGGGCCCCGUCUACGGCGCCCAGAACGCGGACUGGCUCUUCAAGUUCGACCAGUGGAACGGCGCGAUUCCGCCGCUGGGCUGGCACGACACGGUCGCGUACCUCGCGCUCCCCUGCCUGCUCGUCGUCGCCCAGAGCGCGUCGACGACGCUCCUCCAGCCGCCGGCGGACCCGAACAACGAGGCGGCGCAGACGUCGAACCAGGUGCUCAAGUACCUGCCGCUCAUGGUCGGCUUCUUCAGCCUCAACGUGCCCGCGGGCCUGACCAUCUACUGGUUCUGCAACAACAUCAUCACGACGGCGUCGACGCUCUACAUCCGCCAG